GGGAUAUGGAAAAUCACCUGAAAAAAAAACAACAAAAAAACAUGAGUUAAAAAUCAGUGCUCUUUUGUCGUUCUUACAAGACAUCCCUGAGAAUACGUGAGCACCGAGAGCAGGCAGAGUGGUAUUUAAGGCUCAGUCUCACACCCAUUCAGAAAGGGCCGGGUGAGGGGUAUUGGUGUGAACUUCACAGGGACAGAGCUGCUGAGAUGGGGGUUGCUGCUGGCUCAGAGAUGGAGGAGGAAAAACAGUGACACUGAAGGGCAGAAAAUCCUCGAGGGGAAAAAAACAGGGUGUCACUCAAAGCUAGAAAAUGGGAGAUGUUAAGAGGAAACGCGUCAUUACGAAGGUGAUGGUGGGGUGUGAUGUCAGGAUCCAUUGCUGGUGAGACACAGGUGGCUCUGGCAGUGAAGCACCAAAACUUUCUGCCCAAAAACAUAACAUGGGGCACUUCCCUGGCAGAGAUCAUAUAGGGUUGCUAGCAAUUAUGAACUAGGUUCAGGAGAAAAGGGGAAAAUUUAACAUGGGACACGUGGCUUUCAGCAAGGAAGGAGGUGGAUAACAGAGGAGAGGGGACGGAUGGAAAUGGUGAUGGUAGGGGUAGAACAUUGGAAUAAAUGGAUUAAUACAGAAGAAAACAUUAAAAGGACAUUAUAAAGGGUCAGAGGACAGAGAGAAGCAGUAGGAGACAGCUUCACAGUACUCCAACAGCCACUCUGAAGGGAUGGCAGAAAGAUUGGCCCUGGGGAAAAUCCAGUGCCCGAGCUGGAGUCACGGCACCUUCUAGUCAUGUCCUGAAGAAGCCAAAGCCAAUCUCUGAGGAUUGUUUUCAACAACGUUUCUUGAGAGGUUAUAAACCUCUAUCAUUUUGUACCGUGUCCCAUUAGCAAGGCUGGUGGGAAAUCCUGACAAAUGACAAUGGAGUGCUGCCAAAUAAAUGUGUUCACCAUGAGAACUGCUCCGAUUUCAGCAAGGCAGUGAUUAUUGCUAAGCUACCAGGAGGCAACAAGUGGUUUUCAAUUAUAGCUCCAACCGUUUCUUUGCCAUCCCGCUUAGUGAAGAAUCAUUUUUCAGGGCUGUUUUUCUGAAGAGAAGAGAUAAAACCCUUCACUGGCAACACCAGGGCUUCCUAAUGCACCUGCAGGACACGGGCUCACUUCAGCAACUUGUUCAAAUUAUCGUCUCCUGAGAAUAGUGAAAAAUUGUCAUCUUACACGGAUGCUAGUGACCAGAGCAGCAGAAUUAUAUCAUAGAACCAUAGAAUGGUUGGGUUGGAAGGGACCUCAAAGAUCAUAGAACCAUGGAAUGGUUGGGUUGGAAGGGACCUUAAAGAUCACAGAACCACAGGAUGGUUGGGUUGGAAAGGACUUCCAAGAUCAUUCACUUCCACCCCCUGCUGUGGGCAUGGUUACCAACCGCUAGAUCAGGCUGCCCAGGGGAGAGCCAUCUAUGUGAGCAGCAGUGGGCAAUAAUAUUAAUGGCUAGAAGAAUUACCAUACAGACAUUACAACAACCAGAUCUUCUCACUCCUGCUCUGAGUGAACAAGGUGCACAUCACACUGCUGAGAAAGAAACCAGCUGUAAUCACUGGGCAUGGAUGUAGAGUAAUACUAAUAAACCAUAGGCAUGCUUCAUCGAUGAGAGCUAGACAUGGCCAAGGACAAACAGUCCUAUUAUAGAACAGGAAAAUAAAUAAUGUGGAAACUAUUGUAAUAAAACACCCUCCAAGUAGGAGUAUAGAGUACUACAAACGUUAUUAGGAGAAGAAAUACCUAAGCAGAAUCCUUUGCAUCUUGUUGUGGACAGCCAUUUUUCUAAUUGUGGAAUAAAACAUGGGAGAUGUGGUUGGAGAAAGGAGGAUAGAAAGCAUGUAACAGGAGACGGAAAUGAGACUUCUUAGAAGCUGCUUGAGGGAGCCCAGAGAAUUCCAGCAUUCAUCCACCCAGGCUGGGGACUCAGCACUGGAAAAACAUGCUAGAAUUACAACAACUUAGUGAUGCUGGCAGGUUUGUUCGUGUACAGGAUCAGUCUCAGCAGACAACAAGUUGCAGAGGAGCGCGCGGACCCGUGGCAGAGAUGCUGAAUGAUGACAACCAUAAUAUACUGAAGAGGUAAAAUGCUUUUCCUGUAAGGAAAUAUGAUGGCUGCAGAGUUAGCUUGCUGUGACAUUAUUUAGUGUAGUUCUUGUGUGAAGCCUAUGGAAAAUGUCUCCAUACAAGAGACAAGGUCUCCCUCUGCCCUUGAAGGAGCUGCUUUCACCUUGCUGCAUCUUGAGCUGAAGCACUGCGUGCUGUGCUGGCACUUGGCUCCCUCCUGCGCUCUCCUGCAACGGAUUUUCUGUGGUUUGCUUCAAACGUGGACAAGCAUCAUAGCCCUUAUCUCCUGAUCCAAUCCAGCUAAAAGACCCAUAAGAAGUCCCAGGACCUGGCCGAGGUUUGUCCCCAGUGAUGUGCUGUGGGGUGGUUUCAACCUGGGAGGAUUCAGGGAGAGGAGAACAGAGAUACCACAACCUCCCCCUCUAUGCACCAUUUCAGCUUCCUCCCCUGCGCUGUGAGAGCAUCUCUUGCACGACAGCGUCUGUAACAACGUUCUCAGAAAUGCUGAGUGCCGUGAGCCCCCAAAUCUUUUUUUUUCUUUCCUUUUCUCUGCGUACGGAAGCAUCCCAAAUUGCCAGGCUGCCCCCUCCCAUUCUCUCCCCCCUGCAGGGGACAGCCCCAAAUCACCCAGCCCUGAGACAUGGGGAUGUCAGACAUUCCCCCCCUUGUUCCCCCCCCGCCUCCUUGGCAUCCUUUCCCCCCCUCCUCAGUCCCAGCCCUCCCCUCCGGAUUGGAGCACUCUCUGCCCUCCUCCCUUGCUCUCCAUCUUUCUGCGGUCUGCAGAGGUGCAUUGUGGGAAACUCCCAAGUUUUUUCCACUCCCCCACCCUCCCUCUUUCCUCUGCCUCCAUCCCUCCUCUCUGCGCAAGAGCCAGCUCCGGAGGACAGAGGUGCUGUAUCAUGUCCAGGUAGGACACCACCAGUGUGAACGUCAUCCCAAGGUGAUCAUCCCAAGGUGCUGAGCUGUCCUGCUCUCGUGGCUCCUCUGUUUCACUCAGCAGCAAGGCAAAGAGGAAGAAAACCUAGGGCUGCCCACCUUGCGCGUGGCAUCCAGACCACCUGCAGCACUCGUAGGGAUGGAUUCCAAAGGUAACGUCCGAAGUGGAAACAAACCCGAUGCCAAGGCCCCCAGCUCUGGAAAGCCGGAAAAGGCCAGCCCUGUGUCUGCCACGAAUGCAGACAAGAAGGAGACCCCCAAAGAGCAGCCUACUCCUGCCGCUGCCCCCAAGAAGGCGGGCAGCGACGCCGCUGUCGCGAACAACCACAGCAACCUGAAACCCAGUGCAGCCGCCACGGAGACACAAGAGGCCACUGGCCAGUCCCCUGACUCUGACCACAAGGGAAAUGGCUCCGAGGAGUCACCGGGCAGCAUCUUCGACAACAUGAAGCCCUUGAUCAUCGUUGGAGGAGUGGCGGUGGCUGCGCUGGCGGUGAUUGUGGGAGUGGCGUUCCUAGCCCGGAAAAAAUGAAGACCGAGACGGGGUGGGCUGAGAAACCCAACCCGGCUGUACAGCUCCUUUUGAGACAAAUGCAUGCAGAAAAAUUCUAUACAUAUCUAUAUAGAGAGAGCGAGCUAGAUAGGUCAAUGUCAAACACCAACCGCAACUCCAAGAGUCUUGUUCAAGACAACUGUGCCAGUUUGACCCAAUGUGGGUAACUCCAUGCACUCAGUGUGUUCUUUUCAUGUAAUAUAUCUUGGCUUAUA